CCGGGGGAGUCUGGCAAAGUUCCUGCUCCUCCCAGGCUGAUAUCAGAGGGCAGCAGGGGCCAUGACAACAGGCAAACAUUCAGACCAAAGCCAGACGUGGAACUGAAGCAGCAAGAGGACACACAAGGGCAUGAGGAGAGGCUCUUGUACUAGAAAUGACUCCUCAGGUUGAUCCUGGGUGGCCUGAAGAGUGAGAAGACACCCAGGAGCAGAGUGAUGCCGGAGGAGGGUACAUGUCUUACUGGACGUGAGCUUUUUGCCUCCUAGUGAGUGUAAGCAACAUCCACAAGGCCCUGCUUCACAAAGACCACUCAGAGAGGAACCCAGUUCUGUUAUUGUGGAUCACUGAGGGGCUGCUCGGAUGGAGGGUCCCAAGAACGAUGAAGAAAUGCCCUAUCCCGAGAUCAUAGUUGAAGUGGGCAAAGUGACUUUCGGAGAAGAGAACAGGAAGAAGAUGCCCAAUGGGUGUCUGAAAAGAGCUGAGAAUUUGAAAAUCAUCCAGGCUGUAUGCGCGCUGUUAAACUCUGGAGGGGGUGUGAUCAAAGCAGAGCUAGAGGAUAAAACCUACAGCUACCGAUGCCACGGGCUGGGGCAGGAUUUGGAAACUUCUUUUCAAAAGCUUCUUCCUUCAGGUUCACAGAGGUAUCUGGACUGCAUGCAGCAGGGCCACACUCUCCUGAUUUUUGUGAAGCCAUGGAGCCCAGAUCUUUUCAGCCUCCCGCUGAGGAUCUGCAGCUUGCGUUCCAAUUUGUAUGGGAGAGAUGUGACGUCUGCCAUCAACCUGAGCGCCUCUGGUGCCCUAGAGCUUCUCAGAGAGAAGGAGGCUGGAGCCCACAGAAGACGGCCGGUGGAGGAGCUGCUGCUGCCUCAGCAAGGACUCCGCAGUUACACCCAGGAAGAGGAAGAUAUAAAGAUGUCUGCCUCUGAAUUUUUUAAAAAAGACAAACUUAUGUACAAAGAGAAACUCAACUUUACGGAGUCAACGCAUGUUGAGUUUAAAAGGUUCACCACCAAAAAAAUUGUCCCUCGGAUUAAGGAAAUGCUGCCUCAUUAUGUUUCUGCAUUUGCCAACACUCAAGGGGGAUACCUAAUUAUCGGGGUGGAUGACAAGAGCAAAGAAGUGUUCGGGUGUAAGAGGGAAAAAGUGAACCCUGACUUAUUAAAAAAGGAAAUAGAGAACUGCAUAGAAAAAUUGCCCACCUUCCACUUCUGCCGUGAGAAGCUGAAGGUGAAUUUCACCACCAAAAUCUUGAAUGUGUAUCAAAAAGAUGUCCUGUAUGGUUAUGUCUGUGUGGUUCGAGUGGAGCCCUUCUGCUGUGUGGUGUUCGCGGAGGCCCCGGAUUCCUGGAUCAUGAGAGACAACAUGGUCACGAGGCUGACAGCUGAGCACUGGGUGGUCACCAUGCUGGAUAUUCAGUCAGCGCGGUCCAGUUUGGCCACAGACUACGGCUCUCUCCUGAUUUCACCGGCCUCGGCUGUACUACCAAGCCCAGUAUAUCCCACUAAAGUCUUGGAAUUUAAGGGGGCUCUGCAACGGCGUUUGUUUCCAGUGACACGGGAAGAGAUACAAUUUAAACCGGAAUCCCUCUGUAAGAAGUUGUUCUCAGCUCAUAAAGGACUGGAGGAAUUAAUGAAGACACAGAUAUAUCCUUGUUCUCAAGGGAUUGUGCUACUUUCUAGAAGCUGGGCUGGUGACAUCGGCCUAAGGGAGGAGCGGAGCGUCCUGUGCGAUGCUCUCCUGAUAGCACUCAACAGCCCCCUGGUGCUCUACACCAUCUUGUUAGACCCCAGCUGGACUGGAGCCGCCGAAUAUGCCCGAAACACGGCUCGUCAGUUAAAGCAGAAAUUGCAAAGUGUCGGUGGUUACACUGGGAGACUGUGUGUCCUUCCCAGGCUGAUUCUGACCAGCACACAGUGUAGACCUGGCGAAAUUCCUGUGCACUACCCGCAGUCCUACAGACUUGCUAACGAGGAUGAAAUGGCAGGCUUGCUGCAGGCCCUGGUGGUCCUCUCGCUGUGCUCCAGGUCUCUCCUGAGUGACCAGCUGGGCUGUGAAUUUGUCAACUUGCUCAUAGCAGAGCAGAGUGAGUUGCUUUCCGAGAGCCUUCAGGAGACACGUGAAUUAUUCAUCCACUGCUUUCCAGGAACCAGGAAGACAGCCAUAGCCAUAAAGAUCAUGGAGAAAAUUAAGGACUUGUUCCACUGCAAACCCAAAGAGAUUCUCUACGUUUGUGAAAGUGACUCCCUAAAGGACUUUGUGAUCCAACAAACCACCUGCCAAGCCGUGACCCGGAAGGCCUUCAUCCAAGGGGAGUUCCAAAAGAUCAAGCACAUAGUGAUGGAUGAGACUGAGAAUUUCUGCAGUAAAUAUGGCGAUUGGUAUACAAAAGCGAAGAACAUCACCCAUCCAAAGGUGAGAGUGGCUGGAAGUGAAAACCAUCACGGGAUUCUUUGGCUUUUUCUGGACCCUUUCCAAGUCCAUCAUGCUGAUGUCAAUGGCCUUCCCCCUCUCUCUGCUCAGUUUCCUCGAAAGACAAUCACCAAUGGGAUCCACUGUGCUCUGGAAAUAGCAACGGUCAUAAAAGAAGAAAUAAAGAGGAUCAAAGAAAAUCCUCCCUGCAGCAUGUCUGUGGACACACUGGCAUUGUUCCAGGAAGCUGCCUAUGACGAAGCAAUGUGUGCCCAGGCUUUGCCUGGAGUGUGUGAGACAAAGACCAACCUGACAGCAGAACAGAUAGUAAACUAUGUGGCAGAAAGAUGUCACACCCUGCUCCAAUGUGGCUAUCUGCCCAAAGAUAUAGCGAUUCUGUGCAGGAGAGAGGAGGACAGAGCUCGCUACAAGCUUGCACUACUAAGAGCGAUGCAAUUAAUCGAGACCCACGGAGCAUCAGAGAUGGUGUUUAGCCAGGCUGAGGGUGUUCGGAGCAGACACAUUGUUUUAGACAGCAUUCAGCAGUUUUCAGGCCUGGAAAGCAAUAUUGUGUUUGGGAUUAGUCCAGAAUGUGCCCAGUCAGAGGAAUUUCAUAAGUUCUGUUUUGCCUCAAAAGCCAUUAAACACCUCUACUUGCUUUAUGAAAGGAGGGUGGCCUUCUAAAAUUAGUAAAAGUGGUAAAGAAACCAGAAAGAGCAGUCCCUUCUUCUACACAGGUGCAUCGCCUCCUUUUUAAUAUUGGAAGAAAGUCAAGGCACAUCUGUAUGGUCUGGAGUCACAGAAAUAUCCCUGGGAGCUUUCCUUUCCACUUCGUUUGCAGUGCCACUGUCCUUUUCCCAUCCAUCUCACCUCUUGCUGAACAAUUACAGCAGACUUCUAAUUGGUCCCCUGCCUCCAGUUUUCCUAGCCCAAUUCAAAUUUCAUCCUGUCAACCAGAUAGCUUCUCAUCACAUAGAGAACCAAUUUUAUGAAUUAUUCUACUAAUGGACCUCACAGCCUUCAAGCAAAACCAUUUUCCAAGUCUUUCUACAUUGUGCCCUGACUUACUUUCCUAACUGCAUCAUCCAUUAAACCUCUGUCUACCACUGUUUCUAAUGCAUCUCA